GCGAGCCAUCUCCUCCUGGAGGAGCCAAUCCGGUUGGCAUCCAUUCUCGAGUCCUCGUCCUACCAUAAAUCGCUGCCAUGUCUGACCAAGAUCGUUGCGACCGUUGGUGGGACGAGCCAGAGCGUUGAGGUGCUGGAAGGGCUGCUCGAAGCCGGCAUGAACGUCGCGCGAUUCGACUUCUCGCAUGGGGACUCGGACUAUCACCAAACCACGCUGGACAACCUUCGCGCGGCCAUGCGCAAGACGAAGAAGCUUUGUGCGGUGAUGUUUGACACGAUGGGGCCGGAGAUCACGAUCCACAACGCGUCGGGCAGCCCCAUCUCGCUCACGGCCGGCGACUCCAUCACCAUCACGCCCAGCCCCUCCGCCGCGCCCAUCUCCUCGCAGCUGCUCCCCAUCAACUUCAAGGGCCUCGCCAAGGCAGUGAAGCCGGGAGAUGAGAUCUUCGUGGGGCAGUACCUGUUCACGGGCAGCGAAACCACCUCCGUCUGGCUCGAGGUCCACGAGACGAAGGGCGCUGAUGUGAUCUGCUUCGUUAAGAACAGUGCCACGCUGGCGGGCACUGUGUUCACGGCCCACGUGGCACAGGUGCGCAUAGACCUGCCGACGCUGACGGAGGAGGACAAGCGGCUGAUUGCCACGUGGGGGCAGCGCAACAGCAUCGACAUCAUCUCCCUCUCCUUCACACGCCACGCUGACGACGUCCGCCAGGCCCGAGCACUGCUGUCGAAGCUGGGCGAUCUCUCUCAGACGCAGAUCUAUGCCAAGAUUGAAAACAUGGAGGGAUUGAAGCACUUUGACGAGAUUCUUCAGGAGGCAGACGGCAUCAUCCUCUCACGAGGCGAUUUGGGCAUUGACCUCCCAGCAGAGAAGGUGUUUCUGUUUCAGAAGGCGGCCAUCUUCAAGUGCAACAUGGCGGGCAAGCCAUCCAUCAUCACGCGUGUCGUCGACACCAUGACAGACACGCCGCGCCCCACCAGAGCCGAGGCCACCGACGUUGCCAACGCCGUGCUUGAUGGCACGCACACGGUGCUGCUGGGAGCGGAGACGCUGCGAGGGCUGUACCCCGUGGAGACCGUCAUGACCGUGCGCAAGAUCUGCGCUGAGGCGGAGAAGGUGUACAACCAGCAGCUCUACUUCAAGAAGACGGUCAAAUACGUGGGCGAGCCCAUGAGCCACAUCGAAUCCAUCUGCUCCUCUGCAGUGCGUGCGGCAGAGAAGGUGCGCGCGUCAACCAUCGUGGUCUUCACGUCGUCAGGCCGCACAGCUAGGCUGGUGGCCAAGUACAAGCCCACGAUGCCCACGCUGGUGGUGGUGGUGCCGCGCCUCAGCACCAACCAGCUCAAGUGGAGCUUCACUGGUGCCUUCCAGGCCCGCCAGUGCCUCGCCAUUCGAGGCCUCUUCCCCAUGCUCGCCGACCCACGCAACCCGUCGGCGAGCAACAUCACGACGAACGAGACGGUGCUGAAGAUGGCGAUGGAGAAGGGCAGGGAGAUGGGCCUCAUGCGCGCUCAUGACCGCGUCGUCGUCGUGCAAAAGCUCGGCGACUCCUUUGUUGUGGAUGCCAUAGUGUACCUCGUCGACGCUGCCGAUAAGGAGAGAUUCAUCGAGUCGAAGAAGGAACUCGAUGGACUACUUUCAGACGACUCCCUGGCUCUCGUGCCGUUUCUGAUCUUGGGAAACAAAAUCGACAUUCCAACUGCCGCAUCCGAAGAUGAGCUUCGUUAUUCCCUGGGCCUGACCAACUACACGACAGGGAAGGGCAAGGUAAAUUUGGCAGAGUCCAACAUCAGACCGAUUGAAGUCUUCAUGUGCAGUGUGGUGCGUAAGAUGGGAUAUGGUGAGGGCAUUAAGUGGCUUUCGCAGUACAUCAAGUAG